AUGAACGCACGGAAUCGACCAGAGAAACUCACUGACCUUCCGCCAGAGCUCCUGCAGCGAAUCUUGUCCACUUACGUCAAGAUAGCCGGAGUCACGGCCGCUUGGAAGACGCGUACAGUGUGCAAAGCAUUUUCAGUCUGCAUCACGUACGACAUCCUAGCGAAGCAACCCAUCCACGCUUUCCUCAAGAAUUUCCCCAACAAUGGACGCAAGAUUCUAAAGACGAACAUGGCAUCAUAUCUCCAGUAUAGAGUCAAGAAACUCAACGGUGCGCACGAUCUCUUGCCUCGAUAUAUCCAGCGAACGCUCGACCGCGUCGAAGAGCUCACAGGAAAGACGACGGCAGCCGAGCGAGAUAAGAACGAGGAAAUUCUGUGCAAGCUGAUUGCCAGGCAAUGCGAAGACACCUUCUUCUUCUUCACCACGAGCAGCGCGAGCAAAUCUUCUAAGGCAAAGGCAGUGCAUCUCGAGGACUCCGGCAAAGAAUUCGUCAUCUCGGCCAGUGCGGCAAUCGGAAACAUCAAAGCUCUUGAAUCUCUUCUCACAGCGAAGCCUGGGGACCUAUGGAAGACAUCCUACGCCUUCGGCUUUCCACUCGUUGCAGCUGCAUCCGCCGGCCAGCUCGAAGUCGUUAAGGCUAUCAUCCAUACCUUAGACUGCUACGGCUCCUCGCGCAAGAACUCAUCAUAUGAGCAAGAGCGAGCAAUAGCCGAGGCUAUUACAAGGUCACUCGACAGCCGCAAUGCGGAGCUCGUCGAGAUUCUGGCUCGCGCAUAUUCCACAUACUGCCCUGUUAUAAGGGCAGAACCUUUUCAAGACUGGCUUGUUAGUGCCGUUAAUUCGAAGAAUCCGAGAAUUGUACUGGACAUCUUGCAGCUCAAGCACCAUGGAGGCGUAGAGAUAUAUGCAGAAGCCCUCCAAGCUGCAUGCACCGCUGGGGCUCUCGACAUCGUCCGGCUCUUCUUUGACCACGAUCUUCUCAAUCUCGACCAGGACACGACUCUAUUGGGAUCUCCGCUACGGAUCGCAGUUGCAACCGGAAAUAUCUCUGUGGUGAAAGAGCUAUUGCAGUUAGGAGCCCGUGCCGACGGCCCCAGGCACAGUAUGGACUAUCCUUGGAACGCUCCAAUCUGGUUUGCCGCCCGCGGAGGUAAAUGGCGGAUCGUCCAGAUGCUGGUUAAUUGCGGCGCCGAGACCACGCCUAUAACUUCCUACCUGGAGUGGAAACGGGGUCUGACAUACAACGUUAUCAAGAAGGUCGAGGCAUCCCUCCAGAAGACCAUCGAAGAACCCGUGAAGAUAGCUCGUCCAACUCCGGAAAACCCAUGGAGGUUGGGGAGGUUCGGUGGGGCGGACGGAACUAUACCGUUAGCAUCCCCAAAUCCCGACUCAUAUAGGUCCCAUCGCUGGGUGGGGCUCUAACUCCACCGAACGCUUAGUAGGGGGUCAAUACGCGACGGUUCGAAGCGAUUCAGGCUUGCUUCAAAGGACUCCUCAGACUACCCCACAACCCUCCGCUUGCACAGUAAUAGAUUCUUGAUAGACUUCACAGCUGCCGAUAUAUUCCCACUGGCUUAUGGAGAAUUCCGUUAAUACUUUGGCCGGGCAGUUCCCGGGGUCAAGGCCAGCUGGGGGAUCGGGGAUUUUGCAAAUCGAUUUUCUUGUCUAGAUUUGGAUUCGGG